AUGCCCACAAAACGCGUCGCUUUGAAGCGACCGGCUGAGGCGCCUCUUCACCGCUCCGACGCCGACGCGCCGUCAUCGACACAGCACACCCCUGGCACUGCUGUUGCCAGUGCCAGCGCCACCCUGACUGCGACAGCAGCGGAGGCGGCGGCGCCGAAGGUGAUCAUGUCGAAGGCGCAGCGGCGCAAGCUGAAGAAGCCGCCGGUGGUGGUGACGACUGAGAUGAAGGAGCGGGCGCGGGAGGAGACUCGGGAGCUGCGCAAGCACCUCCGCAUUCUAAAGUCCAACGGUGCCAGGCGGAAGGUGGCGAAGCUCCGUGAGAAGCGCCCGCGCGAGCACAACAUCAAUGAGGAAGCUGUCAACGCCUUCGACACGGACUUCCGCCCGCAUAAGAAGGGACGCCGCCUUGAGUGA